AUGCCAGGAGAGCUUCUGCCAGGAGAUAAUCUGCUCGGAGGCCACGAUCUGACAGAUGAUCGCCCCUCUCACCUACGCCAUCGUGGGCCGAUCCAGAUAGCAUUGUGCGACGCUGGGCCCACUCGAUGGCCCCGGUCUGCAGAGAGGGCGUCUACAUGGGGCCCAUCCAAUAUGUGGGCAUCCCAAUGCCCUGAUCCAACGGAGGCCCACCCGGUCGGCCCUUAG